AUGCCUCCGACGCAGGCGCUUGAGAAGCUCAAUGGCAUCGAAUUGCCUGCUGCCGCGGACAUGCACGUCCACCUUCGGGACGGCGACAUGACCGAGCUAGUUGUUCCUACGAUCCGACAAGGCGGCGUGAAUACCGUGUUUGUGAUGCCCAAUCUGGUUCCCCCUAUCACAACUGUCCACCAUGCCCUCGAAUACCAGAAGCGCCUACAGGGAUUGGAGCCAAAUGUCAAGUUCCUCAUGUCCCUCUACCUCCACCCCAACAUCAGCCCGGACACCGUCAAGGAGGCCAAGAAAGCUGGCAUUGCUGGCAUCAAGUCGUAUCCACACGGCGUGACCACCCACUCUGAUCAUGGUGUCAUGUCGUAUGAGGAGUUCUACCCCGUCUUCGAAGAGAUGGAGAGACAGGACAUGGUCCUCAACCUUCACGGCGAACUUCCUCCUUCUGCUGGCGCCGACAUCACCGUCCUGAAUGCCGAGGAAGCCUUCUUGCCAACCCUUCUCGACCUCCACCGUCGUUUCCCCAAGCUGAGGAUCAUCCUGGAGCAUUGUACAUCGGCGGCUGCGAUCAAAGCCGUCAAGUCUUGCGGCGAUACUGUCGCGGGUACCAUCACAGCUCAUCACAUGUUCAUCAUCGUCGAUGACUGGGCUGGCGAUCCGCACUGCUUCUGCAAGCCAGUCGCGAAGAACCCAUCUGAUCGAAAGGCACUGCUUGAGACUGCGAUAAGCGGCCAUCCCAAAUUCUUCUUGGGCACCGAUUCGGCGCCUCACCCAGCCAAGUCAAAGCGUGCAGACAAGGUCGCAGCUGGCGUCUUCACUCAACCACAUGCCGUCGGCAUCAUCAUGAGCGCACUGCAGCAGGGUAUCGAGCUUGGCGUCUUGACCGAAGACGACGUGACCAAGGAGAAGCUCGAAGGAUUCCUCUGCAAGUUCGGCCGUGACUUCUACCGAGUCAAAGAUGACAAGCAGGAGAAGAUCAUGCUCAAGCUUGGCUCGCAAGCCAUUGCUGAGAGCCUGACCAGCGCUGAUGGCUCGUUCGAAGUCAUUCCGUUCCGGAGAGGCAAGAUGACUUGGGGUACUCAUUUUAUAUGA